UUCUCUCGACUCUCCUCUCAAACUCUCCACCAUCCUCCUCGCCUCCUUUCUCUGUUGCCGCUCCUACCACUCUCCCAGUGCCCCCAACAGCAUCCACCACCACCACCGCACACCUCGACGCCUGCCUGAAGCUGAGCGGCUCGUGCCCGGUUUCCAACAAUUAUUUACGUAUUUCCCCCUUUUUUUUUUGUGUUUUGUUUUUUUUUUUAAUUGUAGAUAAAGUUGGCAGAUAUCUGAUUUGAAGUUUGAUCAUGGCGACUAGACUUCAGUUUGAGAACUCGUGCGAGGUGGGUGUGUUCUCAAAGCUCACCAAUGCUUACUGUUUAGUUGCUAUUGGUGGUUCCGAAAAUUUCUACAGUACGUUUGAGUCGGAGUUAGCAGAUGCUAUCCCUAUUGUUAAGACCUCCAUUGGCGGUACUCGCAUUAUUGGACGCCUUUGUGCUGGAAACAAAAACGGGCUUCUCGUUCCUCACACCCCGACUGACCAAGAACUUCAGCACUUGAGAAACAGUCUACCGGAUCAAGUAGUUGUUCAGCGCAUUGAUGAGAGGCUUUCUGCUCUGGGAAAUUGUAUAGCGUGCAACGACCACGUUGCUCUCGCGCAUACAGAUCUUGAUAGGGUAUCAUUGUCUUAUAUCUAGAGCCGAUAAUUUUGUAAUUUCUGACUUACAGCCCAAUCUGAAAAAGAGGCUUUGUGAUUGUAUUCAUUUCAUGAACCUCUCCUCCCCCUCCCUCCCCCUUUUCUUGUCUUCAUAUGUUAAUCUCCCUUGCCAAAGUGUUCUUAGAAAUUUUGAGCAAGUGACCAUAAGUUAUCAAACAAACAGAAAAUCCAACAGGUUGUAAACCUUAGAUACCCUUUGCUUUCCUUUGUUCUGUUUCUGAUCAAAUUAUCUAUUGAGAGGUGCUUGAUUCUUAAAUGACAAUUAUGGAAAAUUUCUCUGAAAAGCAUACAGAAUAGAUAACAUCAAGUGUAUUGUAAACUGCGAUUAGUUUUAUUGCUUUCAUUGGUUGUUAUAAAUCCGUCGAAGUUUGAGGAGGUGAUGCAUAAGGUUCCUUUGUAGAGGCAACUAAAGUAAUUGGAUAAUAUGAAAGAAUAUGCGGAGUUGAACCCUUAGAUACAUGUUCAUUUUUCCUUGAAGAUACCCUAAAAGGUACCUUGAGAAUUUUAAUGGGGCAAGGUUUGUUGUGGAAGUUUAGAUCCUCUUAGCAACAAUUUGGUAUAGACUUGUUUAGCAUUCAUUUUUGUUGGAUGGUUGGAUUUGGGUUGUCA